UUUUGGUCUGCUAACGCUUGACAGGCCGGUGGCGAGAGGAAUAAUUCUUCUAUUAUUCCCAUCGGAGACCAAAUUCCAUAUUAAAAUUGUGUUAAUGAAGUGACCAGUGCAUUGUUAAACAUGGCUAGAUACGGUCAGAGACCGGAGAAUGCUCUCAAACGAGCAAAUGAGUUCAUGGACUUGGAUAAGCCCGCUAGGGCACUUGACACCUUGCAAGAGGUGUUUAGGAAUAAAAAAUGGGCCUAUAACUGGUCCGAAUCUGUUUUGGAGCCUAUAAUGUUCAAGUAUUUGGAACUAUGUGUGGAUCUUCGCAAGUCGCAUAUAGCGAAGGAAGGUCUGUUCCAGUACAGGAAUAUGUUUCAGUCGGUGAAUGUUGGGUCAUUGGAACAGGUCAUAAGGGGUUACUUACGUAUGGCAGAAGAGCGGACAGAGGCUGCAAGACAGCAAUCAACGCAAGCUGUCAUUGACACUGAUGACCUGGACAAUUUGGCUACACCUGAGAGCAUUCUUCUAAGUGCUGUGUCAGGAGAAGAUGCACAAGAUCGUUCAGACAGAACAAUACUUACUCCAUGGGUAAAAUUCCUUUGGGAGUCAUACUGCCAGUGCCUGGAACUGCUGCGUACCAAUGCCCAUGUGGAGACUCUGUACCAUGACAUUGCACGCAUGGCAUUCCAGUUCUGCUUGAAGUAUUCUCGCAAAACUGAGUUCAGGAAGCUUUGCGACAAGCUGCGUAAACAUCUUGAAGACAUUUGCAAGCCCAAUGUACAAACUGGCAAUGUCAGCAUUUCUAAGCCUGAAACUCAGCAGCUCAAUCUUGAGACUCGUCUCUUCCAGCUGGAUAGUGCUAUUCAGAUGGAGUUGUGGCAGGAAGCAUACAAAGCAAUUGAAGACAUCCACAACCUCAUGAACAUGUCCAAAAAGACCCCCGUGGCAAAGACCAUGGCCAAUUACUAUGGCAAGCUGGCUCUUGUCUUCUGGAAAGCUGGCCACUGUCUGUUCCACGCUGCUGCGCUUUUGAAGCUCUUCCAGCUAUCUAGGGAGAUGAAGAAGAAUAUCACCCAAGAGGAAUUGCAGAAAAUGGCCUGUCGAGUGUUAGUAGCGGUGCUCUCAGUGCCCCUCCCGUCUCUGCACCCCGAGUUUGAUCGUUUCGUCGAGACCGACAAGAGUCCAGUGGAGAAGGCGCAAAGGCUGGCCGUUCUACUCGGCUUAGCGCAGCCACCCACCAGGGCCAGCUUGUUGAAAGAUGUGGUGCGUCUUAACGUGGUGGCUCUCGCGUCACCGCAGUUGCAGCAACUCUACUCCUGGUUGGAGAUCGAGUUUGAUCCCCUCACUAUUUGCGCUAAUGUGCAGAACGUCAUCAAGUCGCUGCAAGAGGACCCCAACUCCCCGCUCGCCCAGUACACCACAGCGCUCACAGACGUGGCCCUAGUCCGUCUGAUCCGCCAGCUGGCGCAGUGCUACGAUUGCAUCGAGUUCUCUCGCCUGCUGGAGCUGGCCGGCACCGACAACCUGUUCCACCUCGAGCGGCUGCUCGUCGACUGCGUGCGCCAUAACGAUAUGCAGAUACGCGUCGAUCACGCUAACAAAUGCGUGCACUUCGGCGUGGAGGCGGGCGGUGGUGAGUGGUGCUCCGCCGCCGACGAGGCUUGCGGUGGCGCCAUCUUGCAGGCCACUCCUGCUGAACAAGUGCGCGAGCAGCUGGUGCGCGCGGCGGAGGUGCUGUCGCGCGCGGUGGCGGCGCUGUUCCCGGCGCGGCGGCGCGCCGAGCGGGAGCGCGCGCGCGCCGCGCUGGUGCAGCACUACCACGAGAACAAGCACGCCGAGCACCACCGCGUGCUGCAGCGCCACAAGAUCAUCGAGGAGCGCAAGGAGUACAUCGAGCGGCUCAACACCGUGCGCGAGGAGGAGGAGCUGCGCCGCCAAGAGGAGCAGCUGCGCGCCGCCGCGGCCGCCGAGGCGAAGCGCCAGGAGCAGGAGCGCGAGGAGCGCGAGCGCAAGCGGCACGCGUCCGAGCUGGCGGCCAUGCGCGAGCGGCACCUGCGCGAGCGCAUCGCGCACAUCUCGCAGACCAUGCACGGCAAGAAGGUGCUGCAGAAGCUGGAUGAGGAGGAUCUGAAGAAGAUGGACGCCGAGGCGAUCGCCCAGCGGGAGGCUGAGGAAUUGAUGAAGGAGCGCCGUGAGCUGCAGGCACGACUCAAGUCGCAGGAGAAGAAGGUGGAUUACUUCGAACGCGCUAAACGUUUGGAAGAAAUCCCUCUGCUGCAGAAGAGCCUGGAAGAGAAGCAGGUCCAGGAUAAGGCGUUCUGGGAGCAACAGGAGAAAGAGCGCAUACAACAACUCAUUGAGGCGCGCACCCGCGACGUGGCGACGCAGGCGCGGCUGGUGCGCAUGCACGCGCACCGCGACGAGUUCAUGGCGCGGCUGCGCUCGGAGCGCGGCGCCGCCUACACCAGCCGCCUGGCCGACUUCCAGGCGCAGCUGGCCGCGCAGCGCGACGUGCGCCUCGAGAAGCGCCGCAAGGCGCGCGUCGAGGCGCGCCGCCAGGAGUGGGUCGCGGAGAAGAAGCGCCAAGAGGAGGCGGCGGCGGAGGAGGCGCGGCGCCUGAAGGAGGAGGAGGAGCGGCGCGAGCGGGAGGAGCGCGAGCGCCGCCGCCAGGAGGAGCUCGCCGCGUUACGCGAGAAGAAGGAGAAGGAGGAGAGGGAGCACGCGGAGAUGUUGGCCCGCGUGCAGGCGAAGGCGCGCGCCAAGGAAGAGGAGAUCACGCGCAAGCUGGAGGAGCAGAAGGCGGCCGCUCAGUCGCUGUGGCGGCGCCCCAAGGCCGAAGAGAAGAAGGAGCCGUGGAGGCCGUCUCGUGCCGCCGCGGCUCCCGGAGAGAGGCCUGAGCGACCCGCAGAGAGGCAGCCCGGAGACGACCGACCACCUAGAGAUGACAGCCGACGCGAUGAUAGAGCUCGCGAUACUCGCCCUCCAAGGGAAGAGAGACCCAGAGAAGACAGGCCAAGAGAUGAAAGGCCAAGAGAUGAAAGACCAAGAGACGAGAGACCAAGGGACGAAAGACCAAGGGAUGAGAGGCCAAGGGAUGAAAGACCAAGAGAUGACAGACCCAAGGAUGAAGGUGGCUGGAGGUCUGCUAACAAGGCACCGGAGCCUGAGAGGGCGCGCUACGCGGGCCGCUCCAGCGGGCCGCCGGCCGGCGACGCGAGCAGCUGGCGCCGCGGGCCCGCCGAGCCGCCGCCCUCCUCCGCUGAGCGCACAGCGAUGUGGAGGUCGAAGGACUCCGGCCGUGAUGACCGCCGCGACGACCGCUACCGCGACGCACCGCGUGACCGUGACCGCGAAGGCGGCUUCCGUGACCGUGACGGCGGACGUGACCGUGACGGUGGCCGUGACCGCUUCCCACCGCGGCGCGACGACCGUGACGGACCGAGGAGGGAUGAUCGUGAUGGUCCCCGCCGCGAUGACCGUGACGGACCGCGGCGUGAUGACCGUGACCGUGACGGGCCGCGACGCGACGACCGUGACCGGCGCCCGGCACCACGCAGAGAUGAGAAACCACGCGACGACGACAAAUGGCAACACGUCACAAAGCGCUAGAGGCGGCCGAGCCGAGCGCAGCAUCCGACUAUCGUUUAUACCUAUUAUUAUACAUUAUACAAUUAUACAGUAUAAGUGUGCAUAUUAUAUAGUUUGCUGUGGGGUAGGGCGAGUCGAUGUUAUUCAGUUUUUGUCAUACUUUUCAACCAAACU